AUGUGCUUCAAGGAAACGGCAUCACCGUCAUCGUCGCCCACAACUACACUCCCUACGCCCUCUGCUACGAACCCAGCGUCAGCCUCCCAGAGCUCUUCUUGUCCAGCAGCGCCUGUGCAGAUGGAUGCUGGCUUCAAUGGUUCUUCUUUUGCUGCAGGCUUCUUUCCAGGUCUUCUCAUCGGCGCACUUGGUACCAUUGGCCUCAUGUGGGCUAUGAAAAAGCGUCGCGAAUCUCACAAUAAAGAGCGCUUCUCUGGCGACUUUGGACAUGUUGCGCGUCAGAUCAGCGAUCCAAUAUAUGACCCGCAACACGCUGCUCGGACAGACUUCAUGCGCCGCGGCUCUCGCUCCGCUCAACCCUCUCCCAAUUCAACAGCUGACCUCGUCUACAACGACAAGAGCAACGGGCAGCCUGUUCAUGGCCUCACGCCACGCAUCAAGAGCAUGUGGGAUCGCACGCCGAAGCUCAAUUUUGGCUUCAAUUCCGGCCUUCCCUCCAAUCCUGCACCACCACCCCCAGCCAUCCGCGCCGGCAACAGCCAAGACCCAUACACUACACCUCGGCACACGCCCCGUCGUUCGACGGAAACAAUCGACGUGCUUAUGCCAGCUCCUAGCUUCCUUGAACCGCCUAAAGCACAUGGCAUGCGCGAAAACAGAUUCACCUCAGACACCACAAACACCACGUUCACAAAGCUGAUGGAGCGUGCUGGAUUCGAUGACGAGGGCCGGAAAGAGCCACCGCAACACGCUGGCGGCGCGCUCGCCGCCACCGUCAAAAUGAAGUCCGUAACUAGGACUACAGACGCUGACGUCUUGGGCUCCUGCUUCUACGUCGAAGUAGACUGGCUCGACUACGUCUUCGUCACCAGCGUCGUCUCCGGCCCGCCACAAUUUGAUGCAGCAGACUUUGCAGACGAGCGACUCACGCGUAGAGUCGAGCUGGGGAGUCUGCUCGUCACGAUCGUCGUCUUGAUCGUAGUUGUGCGUGUCGAGCUACUCUCGCUCUCGUCAUCCUGGCGCUUGUCGACUGCGAUCGAGAGGGAGUCUUUCGACCAGUUGAAGGAUCUGGCGAGGACGACGGGGAGGCUGGUGGGGACGAUGACGAUCGCAGUGCUUGUGGCGGCCAUGCUGGUUGGUGUGGGCGUGGGCGUCAGGGCUGACGGAGUUGCAGAGCUCAAUGGAGCCACUGGUGCCGCACAGGAUGCAGGUGCUGGCUUGUAA